CGCUUGAGCUCAGUAGUUGCGGCUCACAGGGUUAAAGCUUUGGCUGCGAUAGUUGUGGUCCCCAGGCUUAGUAGCCCCGAGGCAGAUGGAAUCUUCACAGACCCCUGCACUGACAUGCAAAUCCUUAAUCACUGGACCACCAGACAAGUCUUCUGAGAUACUUUAUGAGUCUUUCCAUGGCUGCAGCAAAUCAUCUUUAAAUGAUUGCUCUGGAAAGAGUGAUGUCCAUGGGCAUUGCUAUGGCUCUGAGAAGUCAAUUUUCUAGUGUCGAGCAUUAUCCCGUUAGAGUGGAAGAAGCGACUCCCAAAACAUGACUUCCCAAGUUAGGGAGGAAAGGAGCUGUCCGUCCAUGUGUUUACCAGACUGAUGCUCGUGGGCUGUUCCAAAACAGACUUGAGUUAAUGAAAGUGAAGAGUAUUUGUUGACCCAUCAAAUUUUGGUACGCUCAAACUCUUAAAUAUGUUUAUUUAGAUAUUUGAGGAAAGGACUCUGCUUGAAAUGUGUUAGCAUCCUGCAUUAAAAUUUAGUCUCAUUUUUGUUUUUUUACAUUUUGUUGUUUAUAGGGCUCAUAGGUAAAUUUGACUUAUAAAUGUUGUAAUCUCUAAGGUUUAAGAUUUUAAUUGUCCUUAAAAUCUCAUAGAAUGAUUCUGUAUCCCUGGCUAACGUAAUUGUUACACAUCUUUAAAAUGUACGUAUUUGCUUUGUCAUUUACUAUAUCAUAAUGAUUAGGUAUGAUCAUAUUGGUUUCCUGAAUAUGAUCAUUUGAUAAUAAGUGACUAAAACCAGCAUUGUUGAAGGGAUACAUAGCUAAGCAUAAGAGAUAACUUUAAUCCUGACCCCAGGUGUGAACAUCACAAAUGUCGUCCAGUGACAGAAGAUCCAGGAAUCGGGACAGACACUAUGAUGAAGUCCCAAGGGACUCAGACUAUCCAGAUGGCACCGUAAGAACCUUCCAGACUCUUCGAGACAGUGAGCUGGCCGUGAGCGCUGAUCCACUGCCACCACCCCCUCUCCCAUUACAGCCGCCCUUCGGCCCAGAAUUCUACUCAAGUGACACAGAGGAACCGGCCGUUGCGCCGGAUCUCAAGCCUGUAAGACGCUUUGUCCCAGAGUCCUGGAAGAACUUCUUCAGAGGGAAGAAAAAGGACCCAGAGUGGGAUAAGCCGGUAUCAGACAUCAGAUACAUCUCCGAUGGAGUGGAGUGUUCACCUCCAGCCUCACCCACAAGAUCAAACCAUCGUUCACCCCCAAACUCCUGCCAAGAUCCUCACGGCAGGUCUGAAGGCAGCUGGCAUUCCCAGAAAGAGACUGAGGCCAUGUUUCCUCACGAUCCCUGUGGAUCCCUAGGCCGACACACACACACAGCCCGCACCUACAGCGAGAAGGUAGAGGAGUAUCACCUUAGGUAUUCCUACAUGAAGUCGUGGGCAGGCCUGCUGCGGAUCCUGGGGACGGCCGAGCUGCUGCUGGGGGCCGGCGUUUUGGCUUGCGUCACAGCGUACAUUCACAAGGACAGCGAGUGGUAUAACAUGUUUGGAUAUUCACAGCCCUACGGCAUAGGAGGCAUGGGUGGCCUGGGCAGUACCUAUGGGGGCUAUUACUACAGUGGCCCCAAAACUGCUUUUGUCCUUGUGGUCGGUGGCUUGGCCUGGGUGGCCACCAUCAUCAUCCUGGUGCUUGGCAUGUCCAUGUAUUAUCGGACCAUCCUCUUGGACUCAAAUUGGUGGCCCCUCACUGAAUUUGGAAUCAAUGUCUGCUUGUUCAUUUUGUACAUGGCCGCAGCCAUAGUCUACGUGAAUGAUACCAACCGAGGGGGACUCUGCUACUAUCCGUUGUUUAACACGCCAAUGAACGCAGGAUUCUGCCGGGUGGAAGGAGGGCAGAUAGCAGCCAUGGUCUUCCUCUUUGUCACCAUGAUUGUUUAUCUCCUUGGUGCUUUGGUUUGCCUAAAGUUGUGGAGGCACGAGGCGGCUCGGAGACACAGGGAAUACGUUGAGCAACAGGAGAUAAGUGAGCCAUCAUUGGCAUCGAAAAGGAAAAUGUGUGACAUGGCCACCAGUUGCGAGAGACAGAGAGACCAAGAAGUUAAUUUUAAAGAACCGAGAGCAACAAAAAUGAAACCUGAGCUUCUGAGUGGACCUAUUCCCCCGGGCCACAUCCCGAAGCCGAUCGUGAUGCCAGACUACGUGGCGAAAUACCCUAUGAUUCAGACAGGUGAUGAGCGAGAACGCUAUAAAGCUGUGUUCCAGGACCAGUUUGCAGAGUACAAAGAGCUCUCCGCAGAAGUUCAGGCCGUCCUGAGGAAGUUUGAUGAGCUGGAUGCCGUGAUGAGCAGAUUGCCGCGUCGUUCAGAAAACCAGCAGGAACAUGAGAGAAUUUCAAGAAUCCACCAAGAGUUUAAGAGAAAAAAGAAUGACCCUACAUUUCUAGAAAAAAAAGAACGCUGUGAUUAUCUGAAGAAUAAACUUUCUCACAUAAAGCAAAGGAUUCAAGAAUAUGAUAAAGUAAUGAAUUGGGAUGUACAGGAUUAUUCUUAAAACUUAUUUGAAACCACUUUUUUAUAUCAUGCUUAAUAUUUAUUUACUGUCUUUUUUAUGCUGAUGUCUGUGAUAGAGAAGCAAAUGCCUCAUGAAUAGGCUUCUGGUUGGUUUAGCUGGUGUGUCACGUUAAGACAGUUUGCAAUGCAUUUCAGACAUUUCAAAACAAAUUCAAAUUUACUAAGGGCCUUUACUGAGAGUGGAAGAAAUCCUGGAUUCAUCUGUGUGCAAGUGAUAUUUACGCUGUUAAAACUGAUUCAGAUAUUGUGUCCUUGUGGUGUGACGAUCGAGUGAAGCCAUCAGUGCUGGUGCUGCCCUUUCCUUUUUCACUUAGGCCGGUUCCUGGGACUUUUUAGGACAAAUGUCUCAUCCUAGCCAAAGCUGUCAUUUCUUCCCUUGAAAGGGGUUUGAAUCCGAGAUCAGCAUUUUCAAGCCUUAUGACUGUGGGCACGUUGUUUAACCUGCCCGUGUCCAUUUCCUCGUCUGUACAAUGGGGCAAAUUAUAGUACCUACCUCACAGGGUUGUUAUGAGGAUUAAAUGAGUUACUGUUUGUGAGCACUUAGAGCACACUGCAAGCACUGCACCAGUAUUUGUGAAAUACAGACGUUUUUGUGAAGUGAGUAAUCUACCCAGAAUAAGUCUCAAAGAAAGGACCUUAAUGAACAAGUCCAGCCAGCUAACCCAAGGCCAUGGCCUGUUAAUAACUCUUACACAUGUUGCCUUAAAUAGAUGCUUCCCUGUGGUCCUGUGCACACUGGGGUCCAAAGCAACCUUCUUACCUUUCUUUAAUCAGCAUCACUGUGUACACACCUUCAUGUUCCCACAGCCUAGCCAUUCCUCUAAACCUCAAAUAGAAAGACUGAGCAUAUACUGUUUCUUUUUCUGUCCUGUUUAGACAUCCAUCCUAAGGCCCUGUGAUGCUACAUCUUACUUAGAAUCUCCCUUCGCUUUAUUGGAAUGCUUCAUCAUCCCAAGAAUUAGCUUGACUUUAAGGCUUUAUUCAUGAGAAAUGUUUUAUUUUUGUUAAUGUGAACAAGAGACUGCCUUAACAAAAUGUUUUUUUUUUUUUUAAUCAUUGUUUUUGGAUCCUAUUCAGCAGCAUCUAUCUUGUAAUUUCCCAGGUGUAGAAGUACAAGUCACUAAGUCAUGCCUGACUCUCUUGACCCCAUGGACUGUAGCCCACCAGGCUGUUCUGUCCAUGGAAUUCUCCAGGCAAGAAUACUGGAAUGGGUUGCCAUUUUCUUCUCCUGGUGAGAAAGAAGUAAGGAAGUAAGAAGUAGUAAGACAUAAAACCAAUGCUUUGGAAAGAUAAAAUUAAGGAGCAGCAAAAAUGUUUAGAAAAAAGGAGACCAGGUGGGAGAAUGCAGCAAGUCAGAAAUACAAUGUUUGCUUCAUAUAGCUGCCAUUCAAAUAAUUAAUACUUGAGGGAUUUUCUAAGGGGAUAAAACCAAAGAAAAGCAUGUGAAAAAACAAGUUGGUUACCGAAUAAGCUUUCUAGUUCUUCUUUGUCGGUGACAUCUCAUUUAGUGUAUAUUAUUAAUAUUUUCAGUCCUCAGUUCUCAGACAAUGCUUAGGGUGCUACGAGUCUUAAGAGGUGAUACUGAGGGAAGUGUGAGGCCCCCUCUGCAACCCUCCUCAUGAACUAGAACAGCUUCACUUUCUGUGUUAUGUACUGGGGUCCCAUGUUAACAUUUCAUGUAAGAAAAACACCUAUGCUUAAAAAAAAAAAGAUGAAAUAAUACCACUUUGAUAAACUAUAAAGAGAUUAAUACUGAAAUGAAGUGUCAAGGAAGUUUAACUUUGUGAAACUAUAUUUUACUAUAAUUAUAAAUGUUAAUCUUUGAAAACCCAUGUUGUAAUGUUGAUUUUUGCAGUUUUUAUGUAAAUACGUAGGUUUAUUAAAAUUUCAGUUACCUGUUGUUUUGUGUGUGCCCUUUAUUGUUUACUUUGCUAGCAUUCCUGAGUUGACUGGGCAUGUUCUUGAAAAUAUUUUCCAUUAUCAGAAAAUAAACUGGAAAGUCAUUGAAAGCUUGUAGGUCGUAAUGCUCAGGUGACCAUUUACUCCUCCCCCACUACUUGCAGGAAUUCAAAGUCAAGGCCGCUGUUGGUUUCUUUAGGCUGCCUGCCUUAACCAAGUACCACAAGCUUAAAACCACAGAAGUGUGUUGUCUCACAGUUCUGCAGGCUAGAAGUUGCAAUCAGGGUGUCAGCAUGACCAAGCUCCCUUGAAGCGCGUAGGGGAAUCCUUCCAGCUUCGGAUGCUUUUGGCUGGCUGUCUUUGACCCUCCUUGACUUGUGUACAUAUCCCCUCAAUCCUGUCUUCACACGGCCGUCAUAUUGGAUCAGGGACCCACACUCUCUAGUCGCCUCAUCUUAACUAAUUAUACCUGCAAAGACCCUGUGUCCAAAUACUGUCACAUUCUGAGGUCCCAGAGAUUAGGACAUCAACCUAUCCUUUUUGGAGGGGACACAGUUCAACACAUAACAGCCACCUUGAGCAAGCUGUGAGAUUCAGAAAAAGAGUUCCCUAUAUAUUUCUUAUUUUAGCUGACUUUUGACAUGUAUUCUAUUUUGAAACAGUAUGAGAGCGUAUCAGUAUAUCUAAAAUUUGGAAGGAGAAAAGUAUAUAUCCUUCACUCAUUCUUUUGCCAGUUAUAUGCCAAGUGCCUUCACCAGCCAGAUGUUCUAGUACUGAAGAUUUGGUAGUCAGUAAAACAGGAGGACCCUGUCUUAACAGGAGAUACGAAUGAGAAGACAAAGGGAUGGUGAUGAAGUAUGCAUUUUUCUUAUGUGCGUUUCUCGAAAUGGUCUGCAUAGCCUGAUACUGCGAUGCCCCACUGUUUAAAAGAUAGAUAAUAUAGGGAAAAAAUAUAGUUUUUUCUGACUCAUAUUUUUUUUAAUUAAAAAAUUUGAAAGGAAAAAAAAACUAAUAGAUACAAAAGCUUAGAAAAUGGAAGUCCUACUACGCUGUUGGGAAUAUAUUCUUCUAGUCUUUUGAUAAUACAUAUAAUCAUUUUAAGUCAUCUCCUUUAAUACCAUAACUCUGUGUUUAAAGAAGUGAAUCUGGGAGGCUGCACCAGCGUGUGGUAAAGCAGCUCUCCUAGCUAGAGAAGAUAUGCUGAGGCAGAAGGAAGGCAAGAAGAGCCCAGCAGAAGGGGAAGGCGCACUUCGAGCUGGCAGCCACCAAGGCUCCGUUAUUUCCUGUGUGAUCACGAUGAAGGAACCUGGACAUGAGCCUCCUUACCUGUGAUGGGAUAAUAUUACUACCUGAUGAUACUGCUAUCAGAAUUAAUGAAAUACUGUUUGUAAAAUUUCAAGAAGAUGCUUCUUCAAUUAGUGGUGGCUAGAUACUCAAACUAUACUUUUCAUGGUGUUAGAUAAUAAGCUGUCUGUUUUAAAGAUAGAAUAUCAAAAAUGACUAUUUAAUAAUAAUGAUAAAAGGUGUUUUCAGGAAGUAUAGGUAAUGUGUUAACUGUAGAAAAUUUAGAAAAUGAUGAUAAGCUUAUGCACUUCCUCCCAAGCUCACACAAAUAAAAAUGCCCAUAAUGUUGACCCCUAAAGAUAGUCACUGUUUACAUUUGAGGUCAUAUCCUUCCAUUCUCAUCUUACACAAGUGUAUGUAUAAGCAUGUAAAGAAAGAAUUGUGGUAUUUACAAAACAAGUUUAUUACAAAUAGCGUGCUGUGUUUUGCAUUUUACUUAAUAAAACGUAAUUUUUCUGAA